AUGAUGAGUUUAGGCAAACCUAGAGCCCAAAACAGCUGCCCUGCUGGCUCGGGGGCUCUCUCGGCGGCUGGAGCCGUGCCCGACAGGCCAUUUCGAACCUUGCCCCGACGGCAGGGGAGGGAGCACAGAGCGCGGAGCUCCUGCAGCGGGGCAGCACCGGCGGCUCCGAGCCUCCCCUCACGGCCGCCGCCCCUCAGGGCCCGCCCGCCGCCAUCUUGCGGCACCGGCGGCGCCCGGGCCCCGCGCGGCCACGAGGGACGGCCGCCUCGGGGGCGGGUCGGGCGCCGCGCCGGCCGUGGGGAAGACGCCCGGGUGGUUCUGGGGAUCGGAGAUCGCGGGGCCCGGAGGUGCCGGGGCCGGCAGAGCCCCGGACACGCUCUAAGGGGACAAUGGCGGCGUCGGGGUCGCCAAGGCGACCGCCCGCCCCGACCCGCGGGAGCGGAGCCGCCGCUCAGAACCGCUCUCCCUCCGCUGCCCCGCCCCGGCUCCUCCCGGCCGCCUCCGCCUCGCGCGCGCGCUCCCGAUUGGCCGCUGCCGCCCGGCCGGGCUGCGAUUGGCGCGGGAGCGCGCGGGCCGCGGGUGCGCGCGCAGGCCGGUCCCCUCCGGGCACGCACCGUCCCUUAUAGGCACGCGAGCCCCCGCAGCCGCGGACAUGUCGGUGUCCCCCGUGAAGCGGCAGAAGAUGGAGUCGGCGCUGGACCAGCUCAAGCACCACACCACGGUGGUGGCCGACACCGGGGAUUUCAACGGAUGCAGAAAGCAAGAGGGAACUUGAGGGUGAGUCUGUGAGGAAUAAUCUUGAAAGAAUUCAACCUGCUGGAUACUGCAGAGACAGUAAAAUUCCAAAUGGGUUGUUGUAUGAUCCUGACAAUUCCAAGUAUACUUCAUGGAUAAGCCACAAGUGGUUACAGGAAAACACCCAGGAGCACAUCCAGGAAAACAUCUUGGAAUUAAUGGAUAAAAUCAUGGUUUAUUUUCCUUGUGCAGCACUGCAUGUGCUUGAUUUUAGGAUCCCUAAAACUGUUACUUUCCUGAAAACAGGCAAGUGUGCCUAAUUUAUAGGCAGAAUUUGAUAUAAAAAUAUUUGUGGUUAUAUAUAUCUAGCGUAGAUAUUUGUGAGGUAGAUACUCUGUAAUACAUAUUAUAUAUAUUUUAAUAGGUGUGUAUAAAUAUGUAUAUUUUAUAUAAUAUUUUUUAUAUGUGCACAUAUAUAUUUACAUCACACGCUCUACCUGUCUGGGAGCCUUGCUGGUGAGCUCCCAACUCAUUCCUGAGGAAAACUUCAGCUAAAGUUGCUUGGUUUAACUGUUUUCUCUUUUUCUUAAUUAUUUUAUUUCUUAAUUAUUUUAUUUUAUUCUGCUGGAAUAACUAAUAAAGCCAGCUGUAAAUGUCUAAUUCCAAGUGGGACUAAGAAACUUUUCUGCACAAUCCAGAGUGGCUUUUAAGACAUUCAUUAUUCAGGGAUGUGAGGAAUAGGAUUUUGAACACUCGUGGGCUGUGAGUCUAGCCAGAGGUCCCUCCUAACAGAGCAAAAACCCCAUAGCCCAGGGGAGCCAGGGCUUUUGGGGAUGGAAAACUUAAUGGCAGCAGUUGGCAGCUGUGCCAGUUCAACUGAUAAAAUAAAUCCAAGACUUCCCUACAGGAGUAUUUUUGCUGAAUAUGUGUAAAUACAGGCACACCUUUUUACUCUCGAGUGAGUGAGGUUUGGGGUUGUUUUCCUUA